AUGGGGCAACGCCUCAGUUGCUGCGGCUGUGGCCCAAGGCACCACAACGUCGAGUCGAACUACAGCAACCUCAAGAACCUGCCGCAAGUGGAAGACGACAGCUGGAAAAAGUACAGCUCGUACACCCUCCACAAGGCCGCAAUGUUGUCCGACGACCAGGCGUAUGCACCACCUCGAUACGUUGGUCAGUUUUCGGCUGAAGCCGCGUGGGAACUCUGA